AUGGUGUGUGAGGAGGAGGAGCAGCAAGCGACUCCUCAGAGAAGGAGGAGGAGGAGGAGGAGGAGCAGCAAGCGACUCCUCAGAGAAGGAGGAGGAGGAGCAGCAAGCGACUCCUCAGAGAAGGAGGAGGAGGAGGAGAAGGAGGAGGAGAAGGAGUCCUCAGAGAUGGAGGAGGAGGAGGAGGAGCAGCAAGCGACUCCUCAGAGAUGGAGGAGGAGGAGGAGGAGGAGCAGCAAGUGCAGGGGCUUUGUGCGGAAUCCCUCUCUCCCUCCUCGCUGGCACAUUUCCAGCUGCUUUGAUAGUGACAGAGACUCCCGCGAGGCAGUAAGUCUGGUCACGUAUGAAUCCGUCACAGCUCUUAAUCCCCGGCCUCGUCACUCGCGGCGCUGCUAG